AUGGCAGAUCGUUUAAUCGGCGAUCGACGUGUUUUGUUCCCCAGCCGGCUGGCCGAGGUUACUGUCACAUACAGCGGCACUUCAGCCGUCAUCAACACGGCCCAGAGCAACGAAAAGCUGAUGCAAAAGCUUUAUCGAUCCAAGACCCACACGAUCGCAAAUCGCGAGCGGAUCGUCGAAAAGUCCUCCCAAGAAACCAAGAUGGCGUGGUCGUCUUCGCCCUCGUUGCACAUUGAGUCACUAACUCCAACAGCCGCCAAGAGUGCCGAUCCGGCAGCGCAACCAGGACUGCAUGGCGGGACAUUUGUCACGCAGAGGGAGUAUGAGGCCCGUGGGCCGCUGGUCCAAGGUGCUCUGGUCGCCAAGGCCUUUACCGGUUCUCACGCCCACCAGUCCCAGCAGUCGCAACAGCAUCCAGGCUCGCAGGGAUCCGCCGUCUCGGCCUCGAACCACCCAACAGCCCAGCCUGCUUCAUCGCAACCAGCAAGUACCGCACCUCCCAGUCACAGCCUACAAACCGCAUCCAGCACCCCCAAGGCCGCGUGCAUGACCAUCUCUGCAUACAAGACGCCGAUCUAUGCACCCAGAUCCUCGAGCAUAGCCGGCCUCGGACAAUCACAGCAACAGCUUCUGCUGCAGGCCCAACAGGCAGGACAGGGCAGUGGAAGUAUGGCACCCUCCACUUCCUCUGCUCUGAGCGGGCCGCUGGCAUCCGCAGCGAGCUCGAUCAUGCCGCCUGCUGUGAGCACCUGGAUGAAGAGGCUCAACGACGACAUUGCCGAGGGCAUGGCAAACCUUGCCAACAAAUCAAACACAAAGCCUACCCCCGAGGUUGCCCGGACCGACGAAGAGAAGGAUCUGAACCCAGAACGGCUCAAUCUGAACCGCAAGAACCUCUACUCCUGUCUCUUGCUCUCCGGAGAAGAGCGGCUGAGGCUUCUCAACUACCAGAGCAACUUCAUAUCAAAGAUCGAGAAUCUGACCAAUCUGAGAAACCUUGUCUUUCUCGACUUUUACAACAAUCACAUCGAGCGCAUAUCAGGCCUGUCGCAUCUUCAAAACCUGCGGGUGCUCAUGCUUGGUAGGAACCGCAUCCGUCGAAUCGAGGGAUUGGAAAACCUCAACGGCUUGGACGUCCUGGAUCUCCACAGCAACCAGAUAUCGGUCAUAGAAAACAUCAGCCACCUUUCCGAGCUUCGUGUUCUAAACCUGGAGGACAACCGCAUCCUCGAGGCAUCCAAUUUCAUUGGGCUCAGCUCGGUGGCCGAGCUCAAUCUGCGACGAAAUCAGAUUGCUCUUGUCAAAGAUGUUGCGAGCCUGCAGAAUCUGCGGCGCUUGAUCCUCUCCAUAAACACCAUAUCGUCGCUCGACAGCAUUCAGGACAUUUAUCGCAUUCCGCAUCUGAUAGAGCUGUGUAUCGAUUCAAAUCCAAUAAUCGAAGACCAGUACUCAAAGCCCUUCAUUAUCCAUAAAAUGAAGACCCUGAAACUCAUGGACGGCAAGCGAAUUGGAGACGAUGAACGGCGUGCGGCUGCAAAGAUCUCAAAACGGGAAGCAGACCGCAAGCGCGAGAGCGACAGGCUUACGUUUCAGCUUGAAGAGAGAAAACGUGUGAUUGCCGACAUCAAACGGAAAUGGGAAGCCGAGCUGGCAAACAUCAGCUCAAAGGCCGAGGACUCCAGUGGCACCAAACCUGAUCAACCAAAUGUGUCGGCAGCGUCCGCAGUUGGGGACACUGCAAGCAUCUCGUCGGCGAAGCCGCUGGUGCGUGCACCCAGCGCCGGGAAGGUUCGCCGAAGUGCGGCAGAAGAAGUGAAGCUGUUCGAUGGGCAGAACGCCUUUGUCGAGCUCCAGAAUGGGCAGCUCUCGACAUACGGCGAUGCGCUGGCCAUACUCGACCGCCUCGACUACGGUUCUGUUGUCUCCAUCCACUUUUCGUUCGUGAACUUUUCGAAAAUCGUGCAAGUCUUGCCGAAGCUGAGGCGGUUCCCAAAUCUGGAGUCGCUCACGUUUUCAGACAAUAUGCUGAAUCGACUCAAGCAGUCCAGGCAAGGGCUCACCUCAGACCUGACUAUCGCUCAUGGACAGAUCAACCAUCUAUGCGUCUUGCGCGGCAUCAAAGAGCUUGACAUUGUUCGAGACCAGAACAUCGUCUCGACUUUGCCGCUGUUCCGGCCCUACACGCUGUUUCGGCUUUCGCACUUGCCGCUCAAGCGGCUCUGCGGCGUCGAAGUGACCGAAUCCGACUGGGAGGAAGCACAGGCCAAGUUCGGGCCGCUGCGCCGAGUCGUCGAAAAGGUACCCAAUUUCAUUAUCUCGAAGGUCCCAGACUAUCAGCUGCCGGUUUAUCAGGCGGAAUGCUUGGACGACAUCAGCCAGACGUGGCGACUCGGCACUGCAUCCCCGCCAGAGGAGCGGGCCGAGACCAAAGAGGUGAUGUCUAUAGGCAAGGCGGUAUCGACGAAAUCGAGCCGGCACCGAAAUUUCGUGCACUCAUUCGUCCAGUCGCUUGUCAAAGAAAGCCUGGACUGCAACACCAAACUCCAGCUCUUCAACGAGCUAUGGCCCAAAAUGAUCCGAAAUGCGUGUCUCCGGGGAAUGCGACAAGCCAACAACCCCAACGUCUCCAUGUCUGAGGCCCUGACUGCCAUCAUCCUGAAGCAAGGCCAAGCCAUGCAAAGCGACACGAGAGGCCGGAGCUGAACAGGAUGGCUGUUGAUGGGUGAUUGUACAUGAUGUGUAGCCCUCUCUUGGAACUGAAAAGCAUGUGCACGAAUCCGGAGAACAGCCGUGCCAUGCCCAUCGCUGGACCACCGUGGCCAGCUCGUUGUGAACAUCCUUGGUGUGAUUGCCGGGUAGUCAGUGCUGCACUGCUGAAUAUAUGAACCAGGACGACGAUCAGCGAGGGCCGCUGAAACUGGA